AUGCAUCAGAAUGUAGUGCUGCACACGCAAUUGCGUCGAUGCUUGCCUUCAAGGCUACCGAUUGGUGUCCGACACAGCUUGGGAGUGCGGUUUAAGUCGCAAGUGCCACGUCCGUCGCAAAAGCAUAUCUCGGCUGUUCCCAAAGAAAAAGCCGCUGCACCCGAGUCUGCGGUUCAGAGAACAUUACACACCCCGAAGACAAGCACGCGAAAUGGACCUCCGGAGCGGAUCCUAGUCUACUACGGCGGCACGGGCCGAGCUAUCUUUCUGGGAACCCUUCGCAUUUCGACGGUGCUUCUUUUCGGCGCUGCCUGCUUGAUCGUUGCGCCGGAAUGCGCCGUGGCUGAUUACCCGUGGUAUAGUGUACCAGGAGUGAUUGCCGCCGGCGCUCUUCCAAUGCUGUUUGUCUCAUAUACAGCGGCGCCGUAUGUGAAUUUCAUCCAUCUGGCAUUGCCGGCAUUUGCCCGGAAGUCCCGCGAGGCCGCCGCGCAGUACGCCAAGGAGCUGCCACCCACAGCCGUUUUGUAUCUCACCAGCAUGCGGUUCAACACCAUUCCUCGCCAGACAACUGUGCGCAUUGGAGACCUGGUUCCAACCAAAGAUGUUCUACGACCUGUCACCUUUCAAAACCUGAACCCCAUGCCGCAUCGCUGGUGGCAAGGCAAGACGCCGACCCAGUUCUAUACCGAUGCUAGCAGCAAACCUGGAAGACAAACAUCGGCCUUUUUCCCGGAAUUGUGGAAUGACAUUUAUCAACAUAUCCAGAAGGCGAAGCCGCGUUCGCUUUAG